AAGCUGCACAUUGUCGUCUUUUGAUGACGUCGAGGACGAGCGACGGCGCAACACAUGCGACCGGAAGUGUUUCCCCGUCAGUAUGGCGACGGUUAAAGUCAGCGAGGCUGAGAAGGUUUACAUUUUACACGGUAUACGGGAUGAUUUGCGAGUGGACGGCCGAGGCUGCGAGGACUACAGACACAUGGAGAUCGAGACCGACGUGGUGUCCAACACCGACGGAUCUGCCAAAGUCUCACUGGGCCACACAGCCGUACUAGUUGGGGUUAAGGCUGACAUCGGAAAACCGAGGCCCAUGGUGCCGGAUGAAGGUUAUUUGGAGUUCUUUGUUGACUGUUCGGCCAACGCGACCCCUGAGUUCGAGGGCAGAGGAGGCGAUGAACUGGGGACGGAGCUGAGCAACACUCUCUACAAAGUCUUCGACAACAAACACAGCGUGGACCUGAAGAGCCUCUGUAUCAGCGCAGGAGAACACUGCUGGGUGCUCUACGUGGAUGUGCUGCUCCUGCAGUGUGAUGGAAACUUGUACGAUGCCAUCUCAGUAGCUGUCAAGGCGGCGCUCUUCAACACAAAAAUUCCGAGAGUGCACAUAUCGGCGGACGAAGAAGGAACGAAGGAAAUCGAACUGUCGGACGACCCGUACGACUGCAUGAGGCUCAAUGUGGAAAACGUACCCUGCGUGGUGACCUUGUGCAAGGUUGGCCACAGACACGUGGUGGACGCAACCCUGCAGGAGAAGGCCUGCUCCGUGGCCAGCCUGAUCAUCUCCGUCACGCACAAGGGCACCGUCACCUGCAUGAGGAAGACGGGCGGCGGCAGCCUGGACCCAGAGAGCAUCUUUGAAAUGACAGAGGCAGGCAAACGUGUCGGGAAAGCUCUUCACGCUCCGCUCAUGACGCUGCUGCAGGAGGAGGAGAGUUUGGGAAAGAAGAGACUGAAAGUUGGCUUCCUCGGUUGAGACUGUAUCGACAUUGUCACUAAUAUAUGUGAGUGUCAGUGGCGACCCAUCAGGAAACUGUCCGGCCUCUCCGCGUCCUUCUGUCUCUGCCACGUGUCAGUCGAGGACUGUGUGAAGCUGAAGUCUUCACAGAAAGACCAGAUGUGACUGGAUGGUUUCCAACCCUGACAGACUGUUGUGUGUGUGUGCGUGCGUGC